CGGGGCUCGCAGGGAGCCGCAGCGGCCGCGCCAGGCGCUACGCACCGCCAUGGACGGCCAGCGCACAAUCAGCCACUGCCUCCGCCGGUACACCUGGUAGGCGGCCGCAGCCCGCUCCUCCUCCUCUGCGUCGCCUGUCCGGCCUUGCCGCUGUCGGGCCGGGGCCAGGAUGACGGUGGUCCAGGACUGCGUGGGUGGCACGCGCCUCAACGGGCUGCUGCAGCGCUGCCGGGAGUCGCGCAAGCUGGUGCUCGUCAUCGUCGCCAUAGCUCUCCUGCUCGACAACAUGCUGCUCACCACCGUCGUGCCCAUCAUCCCGGAGUUCCUGUACGACAUCCGCCACCCCAACGAGAGCCACGGCGCCGUGGACAGUCCGGAGCCGCCCCCGCCGCCCCCACCAACCACCGCCGCCCCCACCACCGCCGCCCCCACCGACUCCACUGAAGACCAGGCCCGGCUCGAGUUCCUCACCGACCACACGACCGUCUCCCCGGAAGCAGACAACGUGACGACGACCCUCUCACCCGAAGAGCAGCGUCGCAGGCAGCGGCACAAGGACCUCAUCGAGGAGACGGUGGCAGUCGGCAUGAUGUUCGCAUCCAAGGCCUUCGUCCAACUGCUCGCCAACCCCAUCGUCGGACCGCUCACUCACAAGAUUGGAUACAGCAUUCCCAUGUUCACUGGUUUCAUCAUAAUGUUUAUUUCGACCUUGAUCUUCGCUUUCGGCCGGAGCUACGGAGUCCUCUUCCUGGCUCGCGCUCUGCAAGGCAUCGGCUCUUCCUGCUCCAGUGUUUCUGGGAUGGGGAUGCUGGCGGAGCGCUACCCGGACGACAAGGAGCGCGGCAACGCGAUGGGCAUCGCGCUGGGCGGGCUGGCGCUCGGCGUGCUCAUUGGUCCGCCCUUCGGCGGCGUCAUGUACGAGUUCGUCGGCAAGUCGGCGCCCUUCCUCGUGCUGUCGGCGCUCGCCCUCGGAGACGGCCUGCUGCAGUUGCUGAUGCUUCAACCGGGUGUGGUGCGCCAGGACUCCGACCCUCCAUCCCUCAAGGCACUCGUCAUGGACCCGUACAUCAUCAUUGCUGCAGGAGCCAUCACGUUCGCCAACAUGGGUAUCGCAAUGCUGGAGCCGUCGCUGCCGAUCUGGAUGAUGGACACGAUGGGGGCCGGCCGCUGGAAGCAGGGUGUCACCUUCCUGCCAGCGUCUAUCUCCUACUUGGUGGGCACCAACCUCUUUGGACCGCUCGGACACCGCAUGGGACGAUGGCUAGCCUCGAUGCUUGGACUGAUUAUAAUUGGAAUCUGCUUAAUGUGUAUCCCUCUGGCGCGCAACAUCAACCACCUGAUCGUGCCGAACGCGGGGCUGGGAUUCGCCAUCGGCAUGGUGGACAGCUCCAUGAUGCCAGAGCUGGGCUACCUCGUGGACAUCCGCCACACCGCCGUCUACGGCAGCGUCUACGCCAUCGGGGACGUUGCCUUCUGUCUUGGAUUCGCUAUUGGCCCUGCACUCAGUGGAUCGCUGGUGAAGAGCAUCGGCUUCGAGUGGAUGCUGUUCGGCAUCGCCAUCUUGAACUUCAUGUACGCGCCGCUCAUGUACCUGCUGAAGAGCCCACCCACCAAGGAGGAGAAGCGGUCGCUGAUCCUGGGCGAGAAGUCGUCGGUGCGCUACGUGACGUACCAGAACGAGGAGGACGAGGAGUAAGAGGGGCAGACUUCCGCCAGCUCGCGGGGCUGCCAGGAAGGGGCCGAGAGCUGCUCCCGCCGCCAGAUAUCGCCGCUCACACCCUGACUGGACUACAAGACGACGCGACUCCGGCACUACCUCCAGCCAGCCAGAGGACGGACU